UAUACAGUAAUAUUAUGUUUUCUGCUAUGCAGAUGCCGACCAUGAAGUUCCAUUCAAAAUUUCGAUCAGCAGUGAUGCGCAGGGACUGAUGGGUAAUCAGCCAUAUUGUUUUAUAUCGCGGAGUACAAAAUUGAAGUCAGUAGUGCGCAGGGUGCGGAGUUGAAAGUGUAGUUCACAAUGGCAGGAAAUGCGGGAAUGGAGCAGCUAAUACCAAUAGUGAACAAACUCCAAGAUGCGUUCACUCAGCUUGGCGUACAUAUGCAACUGGAUUUGCCCCAGAUAGCAGUGGUAGGAGGACAGAGUGCGGGCAAAAGUUCGGUUUUGGAAAAUUUCGUCGGAAGGGACUUUCUACCUCGAGGUUCAGGAAUUGUCACACGAAGACCCCUUAUUUUGCAGCUUAUAAAUAGUUCAACUGAGUAUGCAGAAUUUCUUCACUGUAAAGGGAAGAAAUUUGUUGAUUUUGAUGAGGUUCGCCGUGAAAUAGAAGCGGAAACAGACAGGGUUACUGGAUCUAACAAAGGAAUUUCCAAUAUACCCAUAAAUCUUCGUGUUUAUUCUCCAAAUGAUUACCAAGUCUGAGGGACAAGCUUCAGAAACAACUGUUGACCUUGGAAAAAGAUGUGGAACAGUAUAAACAUUUUCGCCCAGAUGAUCCUGCGAUUAAGACUAAAGCAAUGCUUCAGAUGAUUCAGCAGUUGCAAUCGGAUUUUGAAAGGACUAUUGAAGGAUCUGGUUCUGCGCAGAUAAAUACAAUGGAACUUUCAGGUGGUGCAAAGAUUAACAGACUCUUCCAUGAGAGGUUUCCAUUUGAAAUUGUCAAAAUGGAAUUUGAUGAAAAAGAACUCAGAAGAGAAAUAGCAUUUGCUAUUAGAAAUAUUCAUGGUAUUAGGGUUGGCCUGUUUACACCUGAUAUGGCCUUUGAGGCAAUUGUUAAGAAACAAAUUGCUCGGUUAAAGGAACCGAGCUUAAAAUGUGUUGACUUGGUUGUAGCAGAACUGUCAAAUGUAGUUAGAGUUUGCACCGAUAAGAUGUCACGGUAUCCUAGAUUGCGCGAAGAAACUGAACGAAUAAUUACUACACACAUCCGGCAGCGGGAACAAAAUUGUAAAGAACAAAUUAUUUUAUUGAUCGAUUGUGAACUAGCAUACAUGAACACAAAUCAUGAGGAUUUCAUUGGAUUUGCCAAUGCCCAACAAUCUUCAGAAAAUUCCGUUAAAGCAGGACGUAAACUGGGAAAUCAAGUUAUUCGUAAAGGUUACAUGUGUAUACACAAUUUGGGAAUAAUGAAAGGUGGUUCCAGGGACUACUGGUUUGUCCUUACCUCAGAAAGCAUAUCCUGGUUUAAAGAUGAAGAGGAGCGAGAGAAAAAGUACAUGCUGCCUCUUGAUGGACUCAAGCUGCGGGAUGUUGAACAGAGCUUCAUGUCAAGAAGGCAUACAUUUGCACUGUUUAAUCCUGAAGGAAGAAAUGUAUACAAGGAUUACAAGCAGUUGGAGCUGAGUUGUGAGAACCAAGAUGAUGUUGACUCGUGGAAAGCAUCAUUCCUGCGAGCAGGGGUUUAUCCAGAGAAGUCAACAGAGCAAGCCAAUGGGGAGGAGGUUAGGGGCUAUGAGGGCGCUGGGGAAGGAAGUUCUUCGAUGGAUCCACAGCUGGAGCGCCAAGUUGAAACAAUCAGGAAUUUGGUCGAUUCUUACAUGAAAAUAGUUACAAAGACAACUAGGGAUCUUGUCCCGAAAGCAAUCAUGCUAAUGAUAAUCAACAAUACAAAGGACUUUAUCAAUGGUGAGCUGUUGGCACACUUGUAUGCCUCUGGAGAUCAGGGACAAAUGAUGGAAGAGAGUCCUGAAGAGGCUCUUAAGCGGGAAGAGAUGCUAAGAAUGUAUCAUGCCUGUAAAGAAGCACUUAGAAUUAUAGGAGAUGUUUCAAUGGCAACUGUAUCAACGCCUGUUCCCCCUCCUGUGAAGAAUGACUGGCUUGUUUCUGGCCUGGAAAACCCAAGACUGUCACCACCUUCUCCUGGUGGUCCUAGGAGGACUCCAAUGCAGCCAACUCCUGCUGUUGGCUCUAGGGCUCCACCGCCGCCACCAGCAACAAGCAGGCCAGCUCCGAACAUCCCUAACAGGCCAGGUCCAGAUGCUGCACAGGGGCAGCGUGCUCCCCCAUCACUGCCUGGAAGACCUCAGUCUGGAGCUGGUCUUCCACCACCACUUAUUCCUUCCCGGGGUGGCAGCGGGGGAAUUCUGGGGACAGCCAUGACAGGCAUGCCUCCCAUCCCCCACCGUGUGCAGCAGGCGGUCGGCCAGGCUGCAGCACAGGCGGCUGUCAAUGAGUUAAGAGAUGCUUUCCGAAUGCCAAAGUAGGGACCUUGGAGUUCCCUAUUAAUGAACUGUUACAUUGUGAUCUCAUAGUAUAGAUGUUGCUCACGUAAUGUAUCUACUUUUCAGCAAAUUAUUUCUUUUUGUGUAAUACAUUUAAAGAGAAUGUGGAUGAAAUUGUAGAUGCAUUCUGCAUAUACAAAAAUGUUGAUAUUAAUCUGUAUAAUGGAGAGAUCUGUGUUCAUUUAUUUUUAAUUUCAGUUAUUUAUCCACCAACAGUUAUAGUCUGUUGUUUUUUCAUUGUUUACUCAGGCUAGUGUGUAAUGUUCCCUACUCCAUUUUGUAAUAUGACAACUUAGAAUAUUAUUAAUGAAAGAAUUGUACAAAGAUUUUGUUUGUAUUUAAAAAUGUUUGUAUGCAUAGAUGUAAAGAGAGAGAGAAAGAAAAAACUCUCCAGUAGAAUUAUGAUUACAUUAAGUAAUACUAAUGGACUACUGGUUAUUUGCACUGUAGUCCUAGCAUUUUCAUAUUGCAGAUUGUUAAAGACACUUAAGACGUAGCACAAGUUAGAUAUACUUACUGAUGUCUGAAAGACGAUAAAUGUUAUCUUGCAGUUAUGUAAAUAUGGCUUUCCUCUCCGUGUGUGUGUGUGUGUGUGUGUGUGUGUGUGUGUGUGUGUGUGUGUGUGCGCGUGCGGGAGUGAGUGAGUGAGUGAAUAAAUACAUCUUUGUAUGUGGUGUACUGCUUGGAACUAUUUUUGUUUUGGGCCUAGUACCUAAUACACACCACAGUGCGAAAUAAGUCCAUGUUCAGUUCCCUCAUCCAUCAUGUAGUGGUGGAAGUAAGUUGUACAGACUUCAUGUAAAGUGAAGGAAAGUUAUUUAAGCCCUACUUUUAAAAAUUAUUAGUAUUUUUUCUUCAGUCAUCCUCAUAAUUCACAAGUGUGUGAUGGUCAUGCGCGUGCACACACACACACACACACACACACACACACACACACACACACACACACACACACACACACAUGGUUUGUGUAUUUCUGAAACUCCAGGGAGAAAAUUGCAAGCAGCUUGUACAUACUUUGUUGCCAGUCUUUCCAAAUGUGUAAAACACAAAGGACCAGAAGUGUAACCAAAUUAUGUUAAGUAUCAGGUGUGUAAAGUUGUAGUGUGUGGAUAGCUCUUACAGAGUUGUGAUGCAUAUUCUUGUUCUUGCCAAAUGUUCUUUCUUUUAAUGAACUGAAAUCUCAUAUUUCUAAGUUUUGUUGAAAAGCUUUCAGAAACAUUUCAUUGGCCUGAAAGUUGUAAGACUCAGCAGUUUCUUACGUAACAGAUAAUGCAAAGUAGUACUGUAGUAAACUAUUUCAUAGUGAUGAAACUUAGUGUCAUGUAAAUUAUGUGCAUGAUGUGUUUACUGUUCCACAGACAUUGUGGUAUUGUUGUUGUUGUUGUUUGGUAAUAGUGACUCAACUAUUGUAUUUUGCUCAGGUCAAGUUCCAUUCAUGGUUCAGUGUUGAGGUUCUUGCUGUUGCAGAUGCAGCCAGGUUCUCAUAAAAUCCAAUAUUAUUUAUUAAAUGUAAAAAUUAUAUACUUUUAUAUAGUUUUUGUGUUUUUCAAGUAACAUCACAUAUAAUCUGGUAUAAUACUGAAUUCCAUUUGUGAGUGCAGCUGUCUUGUAAACUUAUAUUUUUAAGUGUUUUAUGUAAUGCUUCCAUGCUAAAGUGCUCCAUUUAAAAUAGAAUAUUGCUCUAAUUUUAAUAUCAAAUACUUUAAAUAAAGACAUUGUAAUAAUAAAAGACAUCUAUAAUUAUGAGGUUUUAAUUUAUUCCUUUUUUUCUAUCUGAAAUUGUGUAGAUAUGUGGCUAACUUAACAACUACAUACUGUCUUUCUAAUCAUUUAUGUGAUGCAGUUUACAAAAUAAAAGUAACACUGUAAGUUUGGCAAAGCAUUCAUGAACUUUGCUGUACAAAUGCAACGAGUUUUAUGUGAUUUAAAUAUUCUUGGUGUUACAAAGUGUUCUCAGAUGUCUGCAAUAGAAAUGUUGACACACACACACACACACACACACACACACACACACACUCUCUCUUUUCUUGCUUUUGCAGAUGAGUACACUUUCCUGAAGCUUCUAUUUACGAGUAAAAUGUAAUGUGAUAUUUUUACUUACCCCUACAGCCUGGAGUAUUGAUGAAUGUUUGCAGACCUUUCGUUGAGGACAGUUCUGCACAAUAUUCAUUCAUUUUAUUUAAACUCUGUGUUCCAUAUGUAUAAAAUGAGCUCUUAUUCUAUCAUGGUGAAAGUUAUUUUUAUGAGAUGUAGGAAUUAUUUUCGUCUGAAAAAUGAAUGAAAACUUCCUUUAGAUAUAGUGAAAAUCAACACAAAUAUUAGUUUCAAGUGGGCUUCCAUACUUCGAUAUCUAACUUUAAUGGCAGGCGUGACACAACAAGUGCUCAGAUUUUCCUUUGUGUAUUCUUUUCCUUUUCCUGUAUUCGUACAAUUACCAUACUUUUACUUGUAAAUAGUUUAUUUUCCACUUGUUCCAGAAAAUACCUGAUGUUCCUUUUCAUAGAGGUUUUUUUUCUUUUUAUUCCCCAAAACAAGCUUAUAAUUUGACAGAACACACACUUGUGCAGUUAUCCAUCAUAUUAAUGUCUGGAACUUGUGUAGUAACAUAUUAGACAUUCUUCUUCUGUGUACGUCUAAGUUUUGAGCUGUGUUGAUGUUCCAGUGUGUCUUUUUAAUAAGGCGUAGGCAACAGUUAAUUGUAAUUGUUGAUUUGGUAAUGAAUCUUAAAAACUGUUUAAUAAUGUGAGAUAAACUUCUCAAAUGUCUAAUCACACAUGUAAGUGAAUGGUAUUGAAGCAGCAAUGGUGGUAUAUGAUUAAUAAGAACUGUAGGUGUUUAUUGUGGUAUACAAUAUUUUAUGUCAUGUUGUGAUGACAGUUGUUGGAGCACAUGUUUGUUGAAAGUAAAUUUAGGAUUAAUGUUCUCAGAGUUCUUCAUUGAGACUAGAUUUGCACUGUUGCUUUGUCACAACUAAUGAAUGUACUACAUGCAUUAAAUGUCUAUCCAAUGUUAUAAAUAAAGUCACAUGUGUAAUUUUGAAAAUUGUUGAGACUAUAUGUGGUUGGUAGUUCUCAUUUAAAUGAAUAAAAAA